AUGUCUUCCAUCACAUCCCACAAAUUCACCUCCCCGGCCUCCGCAAAAUCAUACACCUACCUCACCGCAGGCCCCGCCAACGGGCCCCUCGUCGUCUUCCUCCACGGCUGGCCCGGCAUCGCCUUGACAUGGAAGCCCCAGCUCCUCUCACUCUCGAGCCUGGGCUUCUACUGUGUGGCCCCUGACAUGCCGGGCUACGGCGGCACCUGGACGAGCGACGACCCGAGCGACUUUGCGCUAGAGAAGCUCGUGCCCGAUUUCUUGGAGCUGCUGAAGCACUUGGGCAGGAAGGAUGCCGUCUGGGUCGGCCACGACUGGGGCUGUGGCCCCUUGUAUGCCAUCGCGAGCCACCACCCGGAGGUCUGCCGCGCCAUUGUCGGCAUCUCGGUGCCCUACCGCACUCUCGAGCUGGGUCUGCCGGCGUUGCUUGAACUGGUCGACCGAGACCUCUACCCGGAGAGCGAGUUCCCCUACGGGCAGUGGGACUACCAGGUCUUCUACGAGCAACACCCCCAGGCCGUCGACAGGCAGUUCGAAUCAAACCUGCCCGCAUAUCUGAAAUUGGUGUUUUCGAGAGGCUCCCCGCAAACCGGCAAGGGACCCGCUCGCACCUCUCAGGUCACCAAGCACAAGGGCUGGUUUGGGGGCCCCGGUGCAACCGUCCCUGACCUCCCUCUCGAAAGGACGGUUCUGGAUCAUGAGAUAUACGGCGAACUCAUUGCGAGUGCAACAAAGAACGGCUGGAAAGGUGCCACAGCCUGGUAUCUGAACCAUGCCGCGAAUCGGAAAUACACGCUCGAGAAGAGCGUGAAUAACGGCGUGCUAAAGAUGCCCGUCCUCUUUGUCCACACCGAGUAUGAUGCCGUCUGUCAGACGGUGGACAACCCAAAAUGCCCUAAGGAAAUGAGAGAGACGUGCGAGGAUUUGACCGAGUUUGUCAUCAAAGCUGGCCAUUGGGGGAAUUUGGAGUGUCCUGAAGAAGUAAAUUCGGGCAUCGCCAGUUGGGUCAUGAAAAAGGUCCGAGAUUGGUGGCCCGGUCCAGAGUUGAAAAGUCGGUUGUAG